GUUUAAAACACCCCCCCAUGUAUUGCCGCUCGGAUCGCACCACGUGCAAAGCUCCCAUACAGCUAUGCCUACCUUGGCCCAAUGGCGUAAUUCAGGUCUGGUUUUGCGGAGACCGUGGGCCAAGCAAGUUUCCGCUGACGGCAAAACUUGGGGACGAACCAGGAUUAUUUCGCGAUUCGAAGUUUCAUGGGGUCGUGUCAGUCGCUGGUGGUGCUCAUGGCUCUUUAGCUAUUCUUCCCCAGAAACAACUACAACGGACCAACGCGCGAUCGACUCGACGAAAAGGCGCAGCAAAAGUGCGGAACUGUGCUUGUUUGCUGCGCGACCGCGGCUUUUAACAAUCACCAUCAGUCACCAUCGACCGGCUUCCAUACAUAGGUCCAGUUCCUACCUACCCUGAGCCCGCUUUUGGCUUUCUUCCCUCUGUCUAUUUGUAUGCAAGAACUAGCGUACCUUUUCGCUAGGCCACACGGCCUCAGAAAGCGACGAGCCUAUGUCCCGAUCGACUGAAGAUGCCACCCAGUCUCCAGACUCCGCCCGUAGCACAGGCGGCCUUGCCAGUGUCUUCAAGAACCUCACCGGCGCUAGACUGACCAAGUCCCCUCCGCCCGUGCAGCCAAUGCCGAUAUGUGCUGCUGCAUCCACUGCGCAGCUUACGACCGAGAGUGCCACUGUACAAGAAUGCACUGUAACUGGGCAGCCGGCGCAUCGUCUGGACGCUCUCGAACAUCUACGAUCCGCACCGCUGAACGAAAGGAUUGCAGCUGCCGCCUCAUUGCGUAUCGCCAUCGCAACAUGCUCCCUCACAUCGGUUCUCGACAUAUGGUACGCCGGCAAAGAUCUCAUCGAGCCAGGAAAGCCACAUGCGGCACGUGUUGCAGGCUGGGAGCUGGUCACAGAAUGUGUCAGACACCAUGAGUGCACUGAUCUCGAGAGGAGGGAGUACUUUCGAACCAUAUCCGCACCCGCAAAUCCUGAAGACUUUCAUCUCCAACUGGCUGCACUCGAGGAUCUCACCAGCCGUGGUCGAGACCUCGCCGGAUUCGAAUACGAUGUCGUACCGCUCCUUAGUACCUGGCUUCAGGAGAAGUUCCAGGCUGUCAAGGAGGCAAAAGAGGCUGUCAAAGAGGCCCGCAAGAACCCGUCGCGAAGCACCAGCCGGGCCACUAAGGCCAAGGCCAACGUUUCCGGGGAGGAAAAGAACUUCUCUCGGCUUUUUGAUUUUGUUCAAGAAGUCGUUAAAUUCAAUUUCAAGGUCACAAACGACAACUCGGCGGGUGGUUUAAUUGAGUGUCUUCUUGACAUUUGCAUGGCUACUAACUCUGAGGACGACUUAAAGUCAUGCAUUAACGUCUUCAACGCUAUAGUGACAUUUGGCAUGAUACCAUCAGCCAAUCUUGGUCGCUGUGUCAACGUUUUGAGUUCGAUAUACAGCAUGGUUGCAAACCUCGCAAAGCCCGCCUGGCAGGUUUUGUCAAACAUCUCCAAGUCACACCACGGGAACGCCAUGGUUCAAAUACUCCUAACUGUGCUACAGGCGUACACAGCAGCUGGCAGAGCAGAGUCCCAGCAACGGGACCAGCGCGAAGUUCGUGGUGCCCUUGAGGUGCUGCAAAAACUCGUCUGGAAAUCCUCAAAUAAAGGCUACCCUUCUGUUCCCUUGAGUCCUCUAAUAGACGGGCUUGUAAAUCUCGUCAAGAACCAGGCUACGCCCAAGACAUGCGGUAUCUUGCUUCAGCUCAUCAACUCACUCUUCGACGACGGGGCCAAAAAACUUAAUGCCGCCAUCGAAGAUGAGGACUGGGCUGUGAUCCUAAAUGUGGCUGCAGACUGCGCAAAACGAUGCCGUGUCUUGCCCAAGCCAGACAAGUCCAGCGGCAGGGAUGUGCCAGUUUCAGGGAGGUCGUUGUCUUCUCCCACAAGCAGCUUCGAAAGGGAAGAUCCAAUCUUGGCUGAGAUAGGACGACUUGCGGCCAGACUGGAGCAGCUCUUGCUAGAAUUCCAGUCCGAGCUUGUGCAGAGGCAAGACUGCAUUGUGUUCUUCACCAAGAUUCAUGAGCUCCUCCCGGACUCUGCUGCUGGUCUAGUACUCGACUAUUUUGCCGAGUUCCAUUGCUGUUUCCCAUCCGACAUUCAAUGGGAGGAUAAUGUCAGUCUCGUUCUCGAGACCUUCUUUCGCGACAGGCGUCGCUCGAUUUCGGUCAGGUCGAGGGCUUUCCGCAUCAUUACCGAAGUAAUUGACAUCCUGGAGAUUAUUGAUGCAGAAUCUGGUGUCUACACGGCACCAGGUCUCACCCAAAGCCUACUUGAUGGCAUCGCAGAAGAGAGCGAGACACAGAUACUCCAGAAUAUAGUCUCAUUCGCGGUUCCUGUUAGCCAAUCUGCUGACCAAGACCUGUUUGACCACAUCAUAGACUGCCUGCGGAGUGUGGUUGCAAACGAUCGGUCAAGAGCACCCCAUGUCCUGGCCCCAGUUAUGAACACAGGCAGUCAGACACAACCCCCGGAAUCUGCAGAUGACCAUGGGAACUUUCAGAGCCAAUCUAAUGUAGUCACAAGGGGUUAUGUUCAAAUGUUUAUGAGGUCAAUGGACACGGAUGUGAGAAAGGCCAGCAGGCUUUUUGAUGCCAUCGUCCAUAUCGCUCGUUCAAGCAAGUGUGAGACAGACGCCCGCCUAACGGCCAUGAAGAUGCUCUUUCGCCUGAGGUCGGACUGGGAAAAUCACGUCUUCCUGACACCUUUCACCGAGUCUGAUGCGUUGGCUACUAUGAUGUUUCGUACCGAGGAGUCAAUCUCCAAGAGGCUUACAGAAGAGGCACAAAAUGCCAGACCACCACGGCCUGAGGCCAACAGUCUCACUAAUCGUCCGGGCCGUGCAGUAUCUUUUGGACAGUCCAUCUCCCCCUUCGAGCGAGACAGGACGCCCGUAUCCCGCUCUACAAGUGGUGCAGGCGCGGGGUCAGCUUCAGCAGGGAAGUACAGGCAGAUGUGGUCUCUUUCCGACCAAGACGCUCUACCUGAGCCUCCGUCGCCGAUAGCGAGUCCAGUGCUGUUCUCGCACUGUCCAAUCGCCCCGGAUGAGGUUCCUGAGCCGGUGCCUGCCCUCAAUAUGGCCGCUUGGCUGGAGGCCCUAAUUAGCAUUCUCCAUGUGGGUUGCGAUUGGGAGAUUUAUAGUUUCAUUAUCGUGCACUUACCAUCCCAGCUCGCCAACCAUGCGCUGUUCGAGGAUGCCAUACCACAGGUUCAACAGAUCCGGGGCAUCAUCUGUGAAAAGAUACGCAACAACAUGUUCCAAGAACCACCGAUAUCAACGCAUCUGCGAAAAACCGAGGUGGCCGUUUGCUUCUACCAUAUUCUUACAACAAUACUGAGCUACCACCACCACUUCCAGAAGAACGAAGAGGACGAGAUAGUCCAGACCUUUAUGCAGGGUCUCUCAGACAAGUCGGCCAAAUGUUGCAUCCAUGCGUUAUCAAUCUGCGCCCAUGAGCUCCCACUGUCGACUAGCAAGUGUCUCGUCGCCAUUCUUCAGAGGAUGUCGCAAAUUAUCACGCGCCAAGGUGUCGCAAUGCACAUUCUGGAAUUCCUCGCUUGUCUCAGCAGGCUAUCAGAGCUUUACUCCAAUUUCAGGGAGGACGAGUACAGAAUUGUUUUUGGAAUUUGCUUCAGGUAUUUGCAAGACGUCCGGGCAAAAAGAUCAAGCCUUCGCUUGGGGAAUGGCAGCGAACCACCGACACCCAUGACCCCACUCGGUCAGCUGGACGCAGGCAACACCUCUGACGAUCUCCCGCAGUAUGUGUAUGCUCUGGGCUACCAUGUCAUCACAUUUUGGUUCCUGGCUGUAAAGCUACCGGACCGACCAAACCACGUACCCUGGAUAGCCAAGAAUCUCUUCGCAGAUGCCGACGGGGGGCCAGGGGAGGAGCAGGCCCAAAUCACCCUCGACUUCAUGUCCAGGGUUGCAUACUCGGAUGUGGAUGAGUCUUUGGAGGAUCCUCUUUUCACACAAGAGCGAUUCGAUGAGAUCAAGGAAAGAAACUGGAUUGUCGGCAACAGCAUCGUUUCGAUCAAACAGGCCACUAGGAACGGUUGGGCACACGUCACAAAACGACAACCGUCGGGAACUUCAUGCUUUGUCGUGCGUGAAAGCAUCAAGCCUCUUCCUCAUCAUCAAAUUCGGGCAGUCACGGCCGAAAGUAAUCGCGACGGGCAGACAAUGUUGGAAAAUGCCGCGUUCCCAAGCCACGUCAUGGUGCAGCUGCUUUCAUCGCUCCCGCAACCUCAAAACUCGACCCUGCGGCCUAUACCACUGCCUGAAGACCCUGCCAUACCUCGGGCUAUCAAAAUGUUUGACCACAACUCUCCAGUAGACGGGCACAAGGUGGGCGUUAUCUACAUUGGAGAGGGUCAAUCGAAGGAGGCAGAAAUUCUUGCAAAUGUGUCGGGAAGUAGAGACUACAUCGACUUUCUAAACGGCCUCGGCACACUAACGAAGCUCAAGGGUGCUACUUUCAACGCUCAAGGUCUGGAUCGUCAGUACGACACUGAUGGGCAGUACACGUUCUGCUGGAGAGACCGGGUCACAGAGAUAGUGUUCCAUGUCACCACGCAAAUGCCUACGAAUCUUGACCAGGACCCGGCGUGUACUCAAAAGAAGAAACACAUUGGCAACGACUUUGUCAACAUCAUCUUCAACGACUCUGGUCUACCCUUCAACUUCGACACGUUUGCAUCCGAGUUCAAUUACGUCAACAUUGUCAUUACGCCAGUUUCACGUGCCUCUUUCGUCGCCUCCCGGGAGCGCGCUGCCAAAAUGGCUGUUGCGAAGGAAGGCGGCACGACGGGCGAGGCGGACAACGGCAAAUCGUAUCAACAGUACAACCCGUUUUUCAAGGUCCAGGUGAUGAGCAAGCCAGGGUUCCCUGAGAUAUCACCAGCGGCGAGUACAAAAAUGAUCAGCCUCGAGUCUCUACCUGAUUUCAUCCGCCUGUUGGCUCUGAACGCAUCCGUGUUUUCUCAUGUGUGGUCGACUCGCACUAUUGGCGAGCACGUCUCAACAUGGCGCAACCGUCUGCGUGAGAUUGUGCGUAUGAGAGAGCGCUACGGGCCAAAGCCAACCGCGCCAUCGCCCUCGCCACCCCCAACAGCAUCUACAGGCGGAGGUGGCGGUGGAGGGUUUGGGGGCGUCAGCUCUGUGCCGACUAUAUCUUCUAUAUCGUCGUCACAACACACAGUCGGAAAUAUUGCAUCCUCUUCCACAUCGACGCUCGACGCUUCAAGGCCAGCUAGCAGUAUGCGCGACAGUUUCAGCAGUCUAAGGCGGUCGUCAGUGGCAACCUUUUUCACAACCGCGAGCGAGCAGACGCAGCAAUCUCACCGCUCGUCAAUGAUGUCGAGUGCGCCAACUCAUGAAGGCGUAGACAUGACGCCGACGCAGUCGAAUGGGCAUGAUCCUCUGGCUGAUUCGCUUGACUUUUCCAAGUGGGCUUGAGGAAAGCUAUAGAAGUUUUCAUCUGACAGCUUUUCUCUCCUCGCAAGACAGAAGUGAAUAAAUAGACCUGGUCAAAGCUCAGCAAAAGGUCUUUACUGCUUCUGUUUCCCCCUCGUCCUUCCUUCCUUCUUUCCAGAUAAAAGAAAGACAUGACAGCCUCCAUCGGGCCACGCAAAGGCAUAUGAAUGUAGAGAUGAAUGUGGGACGAGAUAUGGAUUUAACGCUUAUAAUGCAAACCCGAGUAUUUUCAUACUGAAGAGGAUUUCCACACGAACGUAAGACAUCAUGAGUAAACUUGCCGAAGCUUUCUCGUCCAUGUUGCUGCACGCCAAGGAGCCAUUUCUUCGAAUUCUCGGUUUCUAUAAAGAUAUGUACUCUUGUUAUUAGCACCAGAACCGGCCAAAAUGCCAGCCCAAGCCAAAAGUCCCAUGACCAGAAUCUCAUUCACAGUCCCCUUGGCAUCGGUAGUAUUGUUGUUGUGGGGGAAGGGUACAUUUGGAACCGGCAGGUUGAGUAUCUUGCACAGGGGUUCCCAUCCCUCACUGACGCGAUAGAAGAAGAGCUUUUCGGGGGGGAUGACCUUCCUCAGGGUGUUCUCGUGGUCCCGGAUGCUCUCGACGCGGUAGUCGUCGUAACCCAAUCUUAGCGCCAUCAGCCUCUUUUGCAGGUCCAUCCACCUGGAGAAGUAGCCGACGCCGGGCAGCCAGUAGGCGACCCAGGGCACGUAGAACAUGGAGAGCGAGUCGGCGAGGCGGCACAUGCUGAUGGCCCAGGACACGGCGUCGCGCGUCGUGCAGAUUACGACGGCGUCGGGGAAGACGCUCAAGAUCUCCUCGUACAUCAUGUUGGCCGGUAUGUCCAUGGUGGACGUGUAACCCUCGAGCAGGUCGGCCAGCAGCCACUCGAUGCGCUUGCGGUCCGACACUGUCCGGCAGUUGACUGCCAGUUCCAUCAGCUCCAGCCACUGGUGCCGCUGCCGUCGGCUGCCCGCGCACGACUGGAUGCCAGAGUCGUGCACUGGUCCGUCGAGGAGGAUCCGCAGCGCUUCGUUGAAACUCUUGGUUCCCGUGCGUGACCUGUGAGGGACAUAUGGGUUUUUGGGAUGAUUAGAAGGGAGGGCUGAAAGAAGGAGGAGAGGUACAGGACCAUUGUGGGGAUUGGGCAGGGGCUAGACUUUACAUUCCAGCGCCAAUGACUCUGAACUUGGUUCCUGGCACGGGGGAGCUUGGUUGUUGACCCAUUUUGUUAGCCUUCAAAAGUCGAAUCGGAUAUCUGUUCUGCUCACAUAGAUAUUGAGAGAGAGAGAGAGAGGAAAAAAUGCAUGUUAAGGGGAGGGAAAGAGAGCAAAGAAAAGAUAAAGAGUGAUGGGGAUCAUAUCACAGGAACCACAUUAUUAUCUAUUCAAGUAUUUUGCC